AUACAAUACUUAAACUAUAAACAUUUUAUAAUCAACACAACUUGACUGAAGAAACCUUAUUUUAAAAUUAUUAUCCUAUGCUCCGUUAGCACCACCAUUACGAUGCUAUUGAAACGGAGAAAUAUGACAAACUUGUUGGUAUUCUAUUUGAUUACAUUGACAUUUUCAUCAGUGUGUCUGGGGUCAAAGCAUAUUGUUUUAUUCUCAGAUAGUGAAAAUAAAUUGCAAGUUGAACAUGGAAAAUUAACCACUGAAAAAAACCUGAGGUUUAAUUUCUAUGAAGAUUGUAUUGAUAAAGAUCUGAGUAUUUGUACAACAAACACAAGAAGCAAUGAAAACUAUUUGCGUUAUUUUUCACCAUCAGAGAAGCAAGAAUGCCAGAAUUAUGAGCAAGUAGCUCAAUCGAUGAAUGAUGUUUUGCAGUUUUGUGUCGAUUUGGGGGACAGUUCUUGGUACGGUGGAGCGGAAACGACUUAUCAGUAUUGGCCACUGAAUAAACUUAACUUAACGGAUAAGCCAUUUGUAACAAGAAAUGUAGACAGUCAAGCAGUCGUUGAGUCAUAUUUUUUCAACUCGGACGGAUUUUAUAUUCACAUUGACGAGUCUGUCGCUCUAUUUCUAGAUAUAAAUGGUCCACGACCUGGUAAAAUGUGUUUUACGGCUAAAGUUGUAGAUCCCUAUCGAAAAGUUAGAAAUACCAUGCAAUAUCGAGUAUGUAAAUACAAAAACGCUCGAGUAGCGCACGAAAGAGCUAUUAAAGAUUUCCUUGGUAUGCCGUCGUCAAUACCUGAUCCAUACGUAAUAAAGUAUCCAAUAUGGUCCACUUGGGCUAGAUAUAAGGUUGAUAUAGACACGUCCAUAGUUCGAAAUUUUGCUCGAGAGAUCAUCGAUCAUGGAUUUCCCAUAGGUACACUAGAAAUCGAUGACAACUGGGAGACUUGCUACGGCAGUGCAGAAUUUAAUACAUCAAGAUUUGAGAACAUAUCAGGACUCGUAAAGGACCUGAACUCAUACGGUUUCAAGACAUCUUUGUGGACACAUCCGUUCAUAAAUUUGGAAUGCCCUAGUCACGAGAUGGCAAAAAACAAGGGUUACUUUGUGAAAAGUACUUCCGGCUCUGUUAAUACUACGUGGUGGAAUGGCGAAGCGUCUUAUAUAGACUUCACGAAUCUCGAAGCAGCGACAUGGUGGUCUAAUGCUCUUCAUAGUUUGCUAGCGAAAUCUGGUAUUGAUACAUUGAAGUUUGAUGCAGGAGAAGCCACUUGGACCCCGCAACUCCCAGAAUAUUACGAUGAUGAUCUGACUUACUACCCUGAGAAUAUCGUGAAUGCAUACCUCCGGACAAUUGAGACCUUUGGUAAUGGUGUCGAGUACAGACCAUCUAGAAGAAGUCAACACUUUGGCCGUCUGAUAAGAAUGAUUGAUCGUGAGUCUCGGUGGGAUUACCAACUUGGACUUCCCACAUUAAUAACAUCUCUGAUACAAAUGAAUAUGGUCGGAUAUUCGUUUGUACUACCUGACAUGAUCGGCGGAGACGGUAACUUCGAUUUACCACCUUCCAAAGAGAUGUAUAUUAGAUGGUUGCAAGCAAAUCUAUUUAUGCCUGUUGUUCAGUUUUCGUACACACCUUGGGAUUUUGAUCAACAGACAGUAAAUAUAUGCAGACAUUUAAUGAAUCUCCGUGCUAACUAUACGGACACCAUUAUCCAACUAAUGAGAAAUUGUGUAAGUAAAGGCAGUCCAUUGAAUCCUCCAGUCUGGUGGAUCGACCCUACUGAUCCAGUCGCCCAAACAAUUGAUGACGAAUAUCUUUUGGGAGAAAAUAUCCUUGUGGCUCCGGUUAUUAUUGAAGGGGCCACUUCUCGAGAUGUUUACUUGCCUUCUGGAAUUUGGAGAGAUGAGAACCAUCCGAAUUCACACCUCAUUAAAGGCAGGAAGUGGUUGCGCAACUACCCUGCCAAGCUCGAUGUUCUCCCGUGGUUCACAAGAGUCAGAGCUAGUCCCCAUGUGUUCCAGUGAAUUUCUCACAAUGUUUAUUUUAC